AUGGAUUCACAGGCUGCUUCUCAACCUUUCCCUUCGGCCGCUUCGUGCGUGCAGUUCCGGCCUGAGCAACUUCAGCUCGACACAGGCAUCCCUCUCGGGUCCGGCGCUAUUAGCCAGGUUGUGCAGUGCCGUCUACGCUGCGCCGCCGCGCCCUUGCUGCCGGUUGUGGUGAAAGCCGUCUCCAAGAUCCAGGUGCUGCAGCAGGGUAAGGUGCAGAGUGUCAUGAACGAGAAGGCGACGCUGCAGCGCCUCGCUCCGUUUCCGUAUGUGGUCCGUCUCUACGGCACCGCCCAGUCCGAGGACGAGCUUUACUUUGUGCUUGAGUGGCUUCCCCAUGGCGACCUGCUGCAGCACAUCCGAUACGUGGCACAGGAGCGUGUGCGGCAGUACAACGCGGAGGAGGCAGCAGCUGGAUCAACUUCUAGUAUGCCUAAUCCCGGUGCAGUAGCCGGUGGCACCACUGGAUUCGUGCCGGACGGCGCCCCAGUGUCGGAGGCAUCAGCGUCGACGGGUCUGUCCAAACAGGCCACGACAAUUCCGGCCAGCAGCACGGCGCUCCGAUGCCUCGACUUUCACGACAUCCAACUUAUCACGGCACAACUGGUGCUGGCCCUUGAGCACACCGCCGACAGGGGUGUCGUGCUGCGUGACUUGAAGCCCGAGAAUGUGGCGUUUGAUGAGAAGUACCGCGCCUGCUUGCUGGACUUCGACACGGCAGACCUCGAGGGGGCCGUAAAUAUGCCAGCGACGAACGGCGGCGUAGCAUGCCCGCCACCGGUGGAUGCAGCUGCCGUGGGAGAGGCCGAAAACAGUGAUGGCGGCGGUGGCGACGCAGCAGCAGAGAACGGCGGCGCCUCUUCCUAUGCACGACGGCGUCGCCUCACCGUCUCUCAAAUUCACAGUAUGCGCAAGAAAACGGCGAGCUUCUGCGGCACGGCGCACUACGUCUCACCGGAGAUGGUGGGGGAGUGCAAGUGGAGCUUCAGCAGCGACCUAUGGGCCCUCGGUACACUCGUGUACGAGUUGGUGUACGGCGAGCACCUCUUUUCUGGCAUCACACAGUUUGAAGUCCUCCAGAAGGUAGUCCAUGGCAGCUACGUGGAGAGACAGGAGCUGUUCCCCCGCAUCGACUUCGACGACGACGCGGAUGGAAAAGCGGAGCAGUGCGGCGGCGGGCGUCGCUUCGCUGAUGUGAAGGAUUUCAUCCAGCAACUGCUCUUGACGGACCCGCAGAAGCGGCUUGGCGUGCACCCCGACACGCACCGCUUCGACGCCACGGCGCUGCGACGCCACUCGCUGUUCGACGGUUUUCAAUGGGAGCCGCUCGAGGAGCAGCUGCGCACCUUCCGCAUGCGCCGAUUCCACUCGGGGAGGUCGAAGGCGACGAGUGCUGAGUCAGGCGACGCGAGCUAUGAUGCGCGAGAGGCUUCGAGUGAUGCCUCAGAUGGUUCGUCUGCCGCGCUAAAGUUGCUUGCAGCCGCGUGCGUCGAUCCAUCUGCAUCACUCGCCUCGUGCUACCACAUUCUCCCUUUCAACGACCCCGCCUACGCAGAGUAUGUAUAUCGCGCGACGGCGGAUACCAACCCGUUCGAGCAGUUCUUUAAAGAGGACACCGGCCCCGCACCCACGGUAGCGGCAGCAUCACGUGAGGGAGCGGGGGCAGCGGGUGGCAGCGCGCCUGGUCCAGUCCCCACACUUGCGGUGGAUUCCAGGCCCGAGGCCGCCUCGGUAGUGGACGACGACGAGGUGGAUGACGUGAUUGAUGAUGUAGGCAUGCACUAUACCGGCCGCUCCGCCGAGAAAUACUUUCAAAAUUACUGCGACACUCCCUGA